AAGAAAGUCAUAUACACCCAGGUUGUGUCGAGGGGUGAGUAAAACACUAGUUAAUUUUCAUUUAUGGUUGAAAUAAUCUGUGACCUGACCUGAAAACUGCUAUUGCCGUCGAAAAAAAUAUCUUUAUCUCAGGUUGCGGUCCCACCCGCUUUGAUUUGUCAGAAGGACAUGCCCACUAUAUGAAAAACUAAUGAAUAUUUCAUAAGGCCCCGCCCCGCGAGACAGAAAAGUUUUAUGAACUGCAAAUUCAACGGCUUACCGUUAGAUUCACGAAUCCUACAUACAUUUACAUGCGUAACGCGUCGAAUUUCUCGCGAGGCAUAUCAAGAUACACGUCGUCUGCUGUCAAGUUACACCUCUGUUUACAUUAAUUUAUUCUCAAGAAACAGAUGUUUGCCCCUGGCCAAACAGGGCGUCCAGCGUCGCCUUAUCCGGAUUUACAAAGAACUGUAUGCGGAUGCUGCGCUGUCUGCAAAGUACACCUAAACUCUUCUGCAGACCCUAGACUUCUGCCUUGCCUGCAUAUAAUUUGUAACACUUGCCUUACGAAGAUCUGUGCAGAUGGAGCCAUACAAGAUUGUCCAUUAUGUGCACAGUCCUUUUGUUUGUCUGAGGUUACAGAAUGUGCCAUUUUCGAAGACACGUCUAAGAAUAACAAGGUCCCCAAGUGUGGCGGGUGUGAAGAGAGUGAGGUUAGUGGAUGGUGUGUCCAGUGCGAGGAGGCCCUGUGUUUGGACUGUACGUCUGCUCAUCGUAGGGUAAAAGUGACCCGUGACCAUGAAGUCACACCCAAAAAACCACCCACAGGCUGGAUACAGAGAAGACGCUGUCCCUCACACACUCAGGAGAGCUUGAGGUUCUUCUGUCUCGUUUGUGAAGAGCUCACCUGUAAGGAUUGUCAGCUGAUCUCUCAUAGGGGGCACAGUUUUGUGAAGCAAGAAGAAGCUGUGGGAUCUCAAAGGCAGCGGCUGCAGAGUUUGUUGGACUCCAUCAGAGAUCAGAAAGAGACAGUCAGUAGCAGCUUGCUGCACCUAGAGGCAAGAUUGCAGGACAUUAAGAGUUUAAAAGUGGCAGUAAAGAAGAUGUUGGCACAGGUAGUCCACACGAUUUAUCAGAGUCUGGUUGUGAAAGCUACACAGAUGUUAAAAGAGUUAGAGGUCCUGUAUGCGGAGGAGGUGGGGUGUCUGUUGGAGAGGAAGACAUCUCUAAACAGGUUGGAAGGUUGUCAGGACUACAUAGCAGCUUUUAUUAACAAGGCCCUUUGCACAGAGAGCCACUGCCUCCUGAUCCACACAAAAAGAAUUGAGACCCAAGUGAAAAAGCUUCUGUCCCAGAAGGCAUGCACCCCUGAGACCAUGACUGAACUGCACAUUCAGAUUCAGAAUGAUCUCAGUCAGCACAUCAUGAAAUGUGGUUUUAUAAAGAUUAACAGGAUUCUUGUUCCAUUCACCUCUCAGAGAACUGAUUUCACUCAGUUAGAGUCUGAGUCUGUGAAAAGCUCAAAUCAAAAUCCCUGUUCGUCUUCUCAGACUGUGCCAAUGGACCAGGCCCUUCAUAGUCUGCCUAAUCCAUCUCAGCCAACCCAGCCAUCUCAUUCUAACCAGGCCACAACCCACUUUGCAUGUAACAGUGUUGCCUCAUCUCAACCGAAUCAAUCUAAACCUUUCUCUUCAGAUCAUCAGAGUUCAUUUUGCUCUUCACCAUCUGUCCAAGUCCAAUACCAUGAAGUCAUGUCUGAGCAAACCAAGCAUGAUUACAGUCCCUCAUCGAACUGUGGCCCAUAUUUUCCUCAGUCUGAUACUAAAACUCACAUGGAUUCUUCUCCGUUUGUUUAUUCUCAGCCUCCACUCACAAACCUUACAGCAUCUCAAAUAAACAAUGUCUCUGAGUCAGUCAAAUGUAGGAAGGCCUUUCGCCCUACUAUGCAGGUCUCUUAUACACGCAUACUCCCCCACCCAAUGCCAAUUCCAGUCAACAACCAAACACCCAUAACAACUCAUCCAAUCCCAGCCAAUAACCAACCACUCAUACCAAAUCAUCCAUUGCCAGCUAACAACCAAACACCCCUAGUAACUCAUCAAAUUCCAGUCAACAACCAAACUCCCAUGACAAUGCAUCCAGUACCAGCCAACAACCAAACACUCAUACCAACUCAUCAAUUGCCAGCCAACAACCAAACAACCCUACUAACUCAUCAAAUUCCAGUCAACAACCAAACUCCCAUGACAAUUCAUCCUGUACCAGCCAACAAGCAAACACUCAUACCAACUCAUCAAUUGCCAGCCAACAACCAAACACCCCUACUAACUCAUCAAAUUCCAGUCAACAACCAAACUCCCAUGACAAUUCAUCCUGUACCAGCCAACAACCAAACACUUGCACCAAGUCAUCCAUUGCCAGCAAACAACCAAACACCCCUACUAACUCAUCAAAUGCCACUCAAUAACCAAAAACAACCAAUUUCAGUCAACAGCCAAUCACCUGUAACAACUCAUGAAAUACCAGCCAACAACCAACCACCCGAACUAAUUGAAUCAAAACAAACCAGCAACCAAAUACCUGUAUUAAUCCAACCAAUACCAGCUAACAACCAAUCAACCAUACUGACUCAUUCUAUACCAACUUCCAACGAAACAUUCAUAGUGGCCCAUCCAGUACAAACCAAUUUCCUUGGGCCCGAAAAUUCUUUCUAUGUGCAACCCAGUAUUCCCUUAACUGCCCUUUCAACAAUAAACACACUUUCUUUAAAUGAUGCUACUGAAAUCUCUAAUGUCCUUCCUGUAAACCCAAUACCUUCUGCUCGCAUUAAUGGCAACAACACCCUCCAGUGUGACAGAGGCACCUACAAUAGCCAUAACCUCCCAGUCAAGGCCAUGUCUGAUUCUGCCUCUGAUCAGGAUGCAGGUGUUAGCAGCACAAAUUUCACUGAUAUGGACCAUCUGGAGAGCAACUUGCCCACCUCCUUUGUGUCAGAGGCAGCUCUCAAAGAACCUUCACUAGAUCCUGAACGCUCCUCUGGCCCAUCCAACAUUCACCAGGACUCUCUCUCCACCACCAAAGAGAAAUGUUCAAGUCAAGCUCAAGACUGUCAGUCAUCCAACAAGAACUACUCUAGACCAAAACACUGGAGUAUUGGCUUGCCAACAUCUUUCAAACAGCUUGUAGAGACAACAUGCAUACCUGUAAGGUCAAAAGACAAUCUGAACACAACACCUCCAGCGGAUUUAACUCCUUGUAGCACAUCAGAAGAACUUGAUGGGGAGAGGACGACUGGUGACAAGACUGUCCAAAGUACUUUUGACUACAGGGAGGCAAAAAAACAAGACUCUGCAGUCAACCUGGAGCACUUCAGGAGACAAAUCAAACAAUGCAAGAGGUUUCUACGUGUUUCUCUUGAGUGUCUGCCCAUCUCUCUGCCUCCAAGUGGACAGCCUCUCCCAGAGUUCCACCUUACUGCAGAUACCACCACAGAUCACAUCUUAGUCCAGGAAUCCCUGGGAGGACAGGUUAACCAGGUGUGGAGAUGGUAUGAAGAUCCAGUGCCAUCUAGAUCCUCUUCUUGUUCUGUAUCCCAAGACAGCGACAGCUCCCUGGCUUCUGACGUGGAGUUCUGUGCUGUGUGUCUGUCUGCAGGAGCUGCACUUCUGUGUGCAAAAUGUGGCUGUGCUUUCCACUCUGACUGUCACAUCCCACCAAUUCUCACAAAACCUUGUAAGGAUUGGGUGUGUUUGCUAUGUCAGGAUGUAAAUGAGACCGUCGUGUACGGCAGUGAGGAGAUGAGGCCGUCUAGUCUAAGUCUGCAAGAUCAAAGAAAGUGUGAGAAGCUUGUCCUUGGUCUCCUCUGUGAUGAAAACAAGAGCCUGCUCUACAGCGCCACCAAGAGUCACUCCAAAACAGCCGAAUUUGAUAUAAUACUCGGCCGACUCCUGGGGAAACGGAAGCCUCCUUAUCGGACUGCUGCUGAACUGGUGUCAGAUGUUUGGACUCUCUUUGACAUCCUGAUGAUGAACUCUGAGUGGAGAAACAUGGUUGUCAGACUUCAAAAAUCUUUCCAGCAACAGCUGAAGGAAUCUUUUGGGGAGAGUCUUCAUGCUUCUCUCUUGAAGCAGUACAGCAGCAAGGAUCCAGAGACAGAGACGGAACGAGAGAAGCACAGAAACACUUUGAAACGCAUGAGAGAGUUUUUCACUGCAAACUCUGGUACAGAUGCAAAGAAAUCCUGCGCUGAUAAAGGGAAAGAAGGAAGUGGCUGUGGAAACACUACAGCUGCUGAACACUGAAGUGCAUGGGUCAUUAUUUGCUUUUUUACUUGUUUUCUCUUGUGAAGAGGGAUCCAGAUCCCUUUCUGUUUAUCAUAGUAGUUUGUUUAUUUAUCUUUGCUUUUAAGUAAGAUGUGUAUUAAACAGAUUAUUUCAUUCAA